UUAGCACGCACUUAUCCGUUUUUGAUACUGCUCCAUCCGUGGAGUGUACCCAUUUGGAAAUGGUACCAAGAGGAGGCCCGCACCAGGGGCUUAAUUGGGUUCCUGCCGCAGUCCGCGCAGGAGCUUCUACUGCAGACGUCGCUGCUGAAAUGGCUCACCGACACGAGCUUUUCCGACAAAGUGGCUCCAUUCCUGCCCUUCCUGCUGCCGCUGUCCAGGGCCGAGCAGAUGAGGUUGAUGGAGCAAAUGCCGCCCGAGUCCCAAAUGAUGCUGACCAAGCCCGGCCUGUUGCCUUUGCUGCCGGACUCCAUGCAGAAAGUUUUGCUGCCAGCAGAAGACAGUGACAGUGACCAAGAGGAUGACACCAAAGACGCGAGCAAGAUGGCUACACAAGAGCGGACGUUGGCUGUGCGGGAGCAGACUGAAGCUGAAGCGGAUAUCAGAGCCGAGCAGAGGAAAUUGCUGACGCUGACGGCCUCGACGACUGCAGGGUUUGAUUUCCACCGCCCCGACGUGGUGCGUACCGUGCGUACUCCGCCGUCAAGAGAGCAGGUGCUGAACGAGAUCGUGGCGUCUCGGGUGUGGAACGGGUGCAAGGAGCUGGUCAAGAUCCCGAGCUCCACGACGCUGAACCGCACGGCGGCGAUGUCGAGCGCGUUGCUGGUGAUGCAGCUCUAUGCGUCACGCGGCAGUCGGAGGGUGUUCCUUACGUUCGUGCAGUUCGUCGCGGCCUCGGUACUGAGCUCUGUCGCCUGCUGUGCGAUCUUCUUGCGGUUUGUGCAGCUCCUGGAUCCGAAGUGGACGUCGGGUCGAGCCGUGCCGCUGCUCCGUUACGCGAGGCAGUAUUUGCUCCGCAAUGGGAAUUCUGGAACAGCGCAAAUUUCAGAUCAAGCUACCAACGGAGGAUCAUCUAAGCUGCACACCGCGGCUUCAUCAGUGUCCGUGGUGGUUGCGGCUCUCCAUGUUCUGCGCAAGUUGCGUCGCUGA